GCGCCCGUAGUCAAUCUCCACUUCGACCUGCGGUAUAUGCUGUGUUGAGAAACACCGGUGGGUAGCAAGCAGUUUGAACAAUGGAGCAGAUAAAUGAAAUCCAGGUCGUUCCGUGCACCAACUCCAAUUAUCUGAAACCAUUCAGGGUUCACUAUAGCCAGAAUGGGACAAAGAAAUCAUGGGACUUCAUGCGAACUCAUGACAGUGUUUCUGUGCUGAUCUUCAACACCACCUCGCACUGCUUCAUCUUGGUCAAGCAGUUCCGCCCAGCCGUGUACAUGUGCGAGUGGGAGAGGACCAAGCCCAAGGCCCCUGAACCGGCCGAGCAGGUGGUGGAGGAGGCCGAGGGGGCUACAGCCACAGCCGCCCCAGAGACCUCCAGCGGUGGGCCUCAGGGGGAGGCGUUGGCCAUGGGGAGGGAGAACCCCGAACCCCCGGCCUCAGCAGGCAUGACCUACGAGUUGUGCGCUGGCCUGGUGGACAAGGCUGACCUGUCACUGGAGGAGAUCGCCAGGCAGGAGGUGCUGGAGGAAUGUGGCUACGACGUGCCAGUCGCCAAGCUGCGGAGAAUCACCUCGUACAGGUCCGGCGUAGGUGUAACGGGAGCCAAGCAGACCAUGUUCUAUGUAGAGGUUUCAGACGAAAACCGCGUGGGUGAGGGCGGUGGCAAACCGCAGGAGGGUGAGCUGAUUGAGGUGGUCAAGGUGCCGCUUCACGAGGCCAUGACCUUCGCCUAUGACGAGAGUAUUCCCAAGACCAUGGGUGUCAUCUUCAGCUUCAUCUGGUUCCACAACAAUAUGUCGCCCAAGUACAAGAUCUCCACCAAUGUCUAACCCUUCCUAACCUUGACUCCAUCCCUGUACCCUGAGGUAGAAGUUGCAGUUAACCACAGAUCUGGGGUCAGAUCACACACAGGCAUUGGGUAUUGAGAAAAAUAUCAGACUUGUGUCAGUGGUUAGGGACAAUUUCAAUCUGCUCCCAACCCUUCAUUUUCAUCUCUGCCCAUCUCCAAUUAUGUCCCCAAGGUGACCAUUAUUUCUCAAUUGUAACAGUCUUUUUUUUUGGGGGGGGGGG